UUUUUCAGAUUGGCAAUUGACUACUCGAUUCGGAUUUAUCUUUUAUUACUUUCAUUGUGAAUUGAAAUUGAAUUGUUAAUAAUGGGGAAUUUCUAGAUUUUUUUGUUUCUCAAUAUAAAUUUGUUUUGUGUUGUGAAGCCGUAAAAGGAAUCUCAAUUGGAAUUGAAGUAAUUAUGAUAACAAAAAUGCAACCACAAGCAAAUGUUGCCGUGCCACAAUCUGUCACCACUCAGCCUCAACAAAUUGUCGGCGUUCCUGCUAAUGCCGUGAUCUUGAAAAUGUCGGAGAUACAACAGAUAUCCACAGUCGGAUUGUUGGAGCUCGCGCACAGAGAAUACCAAGCUGGAGAUUAUGAUAGUGCGGAAUUGCAUUGUAUGCAAUUAUGGCGUCAGGAUGGCACCAACACAGGAGUUCUAUUAUUGUUAUCUUCGAUUCAUUUUCAAUGUCGACGCCUGGACAAAUCUGCUCAUUUCUCCACAUUGGCUAUUAAGCAAAAUCCUUUAUUGGCUGAAGCAUACAGUAAUCUGGGGAAUGUAUACAAGGAACGCGGUCAGCUUCAAGAGGCUCUUGAGAAUUACCGUCACGCAGUGAGGCUAAAGCCUGAUUUUAUUGAUGGCUACAUCAACUUGGCGGCGGCCCUCGUCGCCGCGGGGGAUAUGGAGCAAGCUGUUCAAGCAUACGUCACUGCAUUGCAGUAUAACCCUGAUCUUUACUGCGUUAGAAGUGACUUGGGCAAUUUGCUUAAGGCCUUGGGACGCUUGGACGAAGCUAAGGCUUGUUACUUGAAGGCCAUCGAAACUAGACCAGAUUUUGCAGUGGCAUGGAGUAAUUUAGGUUGCGUUUUCAACGCACAAAGUGAAAUCUGGUUGGCCAUACAUCAUUUUGAAAAAGCAGUAGCAUUGGAUCCAAAUUUUUUGGAUGCCUAUAUUAACUUGGGAAAUGUACUUAAGGAAGCGAGAAUUUUCGACAGAGCGGUGGCAGCAUAUUUACGAGCCCUUAAUCUAUCACCGAAUAAUGCGGUGGUUCAUGGUAACUUAGCUUGCGUCUACUAUGAACAAGGACUCAUUGAUUUGGCUAUUGACACAUAUAGACGGGCUAUAGAACUACAACCUAACUUCCCUGACGCAUAUUGUAAUUUGGCCAAUGCCCUCAAAGAAAAGGGUCAGGUAGCCGAUGCCGAAGAAUGUUAUAAUACAGCGUUGAGACUUUGUCCCUCUCACGCUGAUUCUCUAAACAAUCUCGCAAAUAUCAAGCGAGAACAAGGAUAUAUAGAGGAAGCCACACGAUUGUAUUUGAAAGCGUUGGAAGUUUUUCCUGAAUUUGCGGCUGCACAUAGCAACUUGGCAUCAGUCUUGCAACAGCAAGGAAAACUAAAUGAAGCCCUCAUGCAUUAUAAAGAGGCUAUCCGCAUUCAACCAACAUUUGCUGAUGCGUACAGUAAUAUGGGAAACACUCUUAAAGAAAUGCAAGAUGUGGCUGGAGCAUUACAAUGCUACACUAGAGCUAUUCAAAUCAAUCCUGCUUUUGCUGAUGCACACAGCAAUCUUGCUAGUAUUCACAAAGAUUCUGGAAACAUCCCAGAAGCUAUUCAGUCAUAUAGAACUGCAUUGAAACUGAAACCCGACUUUCCUGACGCUUACUGCAACUUAGCACAUUGUUUGCAAAUAGUCUGCGAUUGGACGGACUAUGAAGCUCGAAUGAAAAAGUUAGUCAGUAUUGUUGCUGAGCAGCUAGAGAAGAAUAGACUUCCUUCCGUACACCCCCAUCAUUCCAUGUUGUAUCCUUUAACACAUGAAUUCAGAAAAGCCAUAGCGGCCCGACACGCUAAUUUGUGCUUAGAGAAGGUACAAGUACUCCACAAACCGCCAUAUAAAUUCCCUAGAGAUAUCCAGAGCCGCUUACGUAUCGGUUAUGUUAGUAGUGAUUUUGGUAAUCAUCCAACGUCCCAUUUAAUGCAAUCAGUUCCUGGGCUUCAUGAUCGCGCUAAAGUCGAAAUAUUUUGUUACGCUCUAAGUCCCGACGAUGGUACCACUUUCCGAUCUAAGAUAGCUAGAGAGGCGGAACACUUCACGGACUUAUCACAAAUACCUUGCAAUGGUAAAGCAGCCGAUAAGAUUUAUUCAGACGGCAUACAUAUUUUGGUGAAUAUGAAUGGUUAUACUAAAGGAGCUAGAAACGAGAUAUUCGCUUUGAGGCCGGCUCCAGUUCAAGUUAUGUGGCUCGGAUAUCCAGGAACAAGUGGAGCAAGCUAUAUGGACUAUUUAGUGACGGACGCUGUGACGUCACCGCUAGAAUUAGCGAGCCAAUAUAGUGAAAAGUUGGCGUAUAUGCCGCAUACUUAUUUUGUCGGUGACCACAAACAAAUGUUCCCACACUUGCAAGAAAGACUGAUUGUAAGUGAUAAAGUGAAAUCGCAUAAUAAUAUGGGUAGCGUUGCUGAUAAUGUUGCAGUUAUUAAUGCAACUGACUUGUCUCCACUUGUAGAGAAUACUGAUAUCAAAGAGAUCAAGGAAAUUGUAAGAGCAGCAAGACCUGUUGAAAUUUCGUUGAAGGUUGCCGAAUUACCCACCACAACACCUAUCGAAACUAUGAUUGCGUCUGGACAAGUACAGACAUCUGUAAACGGGGUUAUACUUCAGAACGGUUUAGCGACAACACAAACUAACAAUAAGGCGGCUACAGGUGAAGAAGUUCCACAAUCGAUUGUGAUAACUACAAGACAACAGUAUGGCUUGCCAGAUGAGGCUGUGGUGUACUGCAAUUUCAAUCAGUUAUACAAGAUAGACCCAUUGACUCUACACAUGUGGGUCUACAUAUUGAAGCAUGUGCCCAAUAGUGUGCUAUGGCUGCUUCGUUUCCCAGCUGUUGGUGAACCUAAUUUACAAGCAACAGCUCAACAAUUAGGAUUACCACCCGGUCGUAUCAUCUUUUCGAAUGUGGCUGCUAAGGAGGAACAUGUACGUCGCGGUCAACUAGCCGACGUGUGUCUUGACACUCCUCUGUGUAAUGGACACACUACUAGCAUGGACAUACUGUGGACUGGCACGCCGGUUGUGACACUGCCCGGUGAAACAUUGGCAUCACGUGUGGCGGCCUCUCAACUGAACACUCUUGGGUGUCCUGAACUUAUCGCCAGAACCAGGCAAGAAUAUCAAGACAUAGCUGUAAGAUUGGGAACAGACAGAGAAUAUUUGAAAGCAAUAAGAGCAAAGGUUUGGACAGCGCGUACAGAUAGUCCACUGUUUGAUUGCAAAGCAUAUGCAACAGGCUUAGAGAUGCUUUACAAAAAGAUGUGGGCGAGGUACGCCCGUAACGAGCGCCCGGACCAUGUUCAGGCUAUAGACAAAUAGAUACCGUUCUGUGACCAAAGUGACAGUGAGUGGACGUCUAAGAAACGCCGCUGGUGCUAAGUUCAGUGUUCAGUGAUGGAAAAUAAAGGAUUAAUCAUUAGACUAUACAUCAUUGGUUAUAUUGACAAUAAGGGGAGAUGGAAAAGUGGUUUUUGGUUUGACAUCUAUUGUGUCCCAGUUAUUUCAAUGGUAUUAGCUUAGACUCUAGUCAUACAGACUCGUGCAGUCUCGAAUCUAUAUAAAAUAAUAUUGAUAUCAAGUGAAAACAAUGUACUAAAUGUACUAAGCAAUAAUUUAUUCUGAUGUUCAUGUGGCCUUGAUUGCACAAUUUUGCAAUAAGUUAGCUAUUAUGUCUUGUAUUGCAAGAUUUUUUGACAGUAGAUAAA